AUGGGUAAGACACAGAAGAAGAACAGCAAAGGUCGUUUAGAUCGAUACUACUACUUGGCGAAGGAGAAGGGGUACCGUGCCCGUUCCUCGUUCAAGAUUAUUCAAAUCAAUGAAAAGUUUGGCCAUUUUCUCGAAAAGUCCAAAGUGGUGAUUGAUCUAUGUGCCGCGCCAGGCUCAUGGUGCCAAGUCGCCUCCCAGCUAUGCCCUGUUAAUUCGUUGAUUAUUGGGGUGGAUAUCGUGCCGAUCAAGCCUUUACCUAAUUGCAUCACUUUUCAAAGCGACAUUACAACCGAAGACUGUCGAAGUAAGUUGAGGGGCCACAUGAAGACGUGGAAGGCCGACACUGUCUUGCACGAUGGUGCUCCAAACGUCGGUUUAGGGUGGGUGCAGGAUGCAUUCACGCAGUCGCAGUUGGUGCUACAGGCUUUGAAAUUGGCAGUGGAGAAUCUAGUAGUUGGAGGCACGUUUGUCACCAAAGUUUUCCGGUCGAGAGAUUACAACAACUUGAUGUGGGUGUUUCAGCAACUUUUCGACAAGGUGGAGGCGACCAAGCCCCCGAGUUCGAGAAACGUGUCUGCAGAGAUAUUUGUGGUUUGCAAGGGGUUCAAAGCGCCAAAGAAGUUGGAUCCGCGACUUUUAGACCCAAGGGAAGUGUUUGAAGAGCUCGGCAACGAUAAAAAGAGUGCCAACAAUGAAGAGAAAAUAUUCAACCCGGAAAAGAAGAGACGACAAAGACAAGGGUACGAGGAAGGUGACUAUACCUUGUUCCACACCAUGCCAAUCAUGCAGUUUAUCAAAGAGGAGAAUCCAAUCAACCAGUUGGGCGAGUUAAACAAGUUUGAUAUUGACGAAGCCGACCAGGAGUGGAAAAUCGUCAAGAAACUAAACUCGUACAACGACGAGUUGAAAGAGUGCUUGAAGGACUUGAAGGUGCUCGGUAGGAAAGAAUUCAAGGCUAUAUUGAAGUUCCGUAAGCAGGCAAGGGACUUGCUUGGAAUCGAUAAAGAAGAGGCCAAGCCCGAGAUUGAGGUUGAGGAGCUCACGGAAGAGCAAAAGAUUGACAAAGAGUUGAACGACAUGAUGGAAAAGCAGAAGCAAAAGGCCAAGCGGGCAAAGAAGACGGCGAAUGAGACGAAGCAGAAGGAGAUUGUGCGUAAUCAGAUGCAGAUGGUCACCGACAUGAACAUUGGUAUAGAUGCUGCUCAGAGUGGAGCAGAGUCUCUUUUCAACUUGAAAACCGCUGAAAAAUCGGGCCAGUUGAACAAGCUCGCCGCGGGUAAGAAAGCCAUGGUGUUUAACGAGGACGACCAUGCCAAGGACACCGAAAUACACAUUGAUGAGGAAGAUGCAGAGAUGGAAAGCGGAGAUGAGAUUGACGAAUUGGAGGCGCAAUUGGACGACAUGUACGAGCAGUACCAAACUCGCAGAGCCGAAAAGGAUGCCAAGUACAAAGCUAAAAUGGCCAGAGGUGGCGAUGACGACGACGCCUGGGAGGGCAUUGAAGAAAACAACGAGGACAAUGACGAUGAGCAAGAUUACGAGAUGGAGAGCGAAUCGGACUUGGACGACGACGAACAUAUAAGACUCAUUGCGCAAAAGUCCAACGGACAGUUGACGCGGACCGCGAAAUCAUUCUUUGCCUCGGAUUCGAUCUUUAAGGAGCUUGGUGAUGAUGAGUUGAUUGAGGAGUCAAUGCCGAAAUCGGCAGCACCAAAAAUACCGGCAACACCAGCAAUAACAAACGGGUAUGCAAAAGUCGAGGGUUUGCAACAUCCUGACUCAGAGACGGACUCUGAAUCGGAGUCUACUUUGGAUUUCGAAACAGUACCCAAUCAGCCCGAGUCUGACGAAGAGUACUCUAGUGAAGACGAGGGUAAGCAAAGUCACCAAGAUAGAGUUGACUUGGACACUGCAGAAGCAAUGACCUUGGCACAUCAAGUUGCCCUUGGUCAAAAAUCCAAGAAAGAUCUCAUUGAAGAAGGUAUAAAUCGGUAUUCAUUCAGAGACAGGGAUGGUCUUCCAGAGUGGUUCGUGGAUGAUGAGAAGAAGCACUCCAAGCUCAUCAAACCCAUCACAAAGGAGGCAAGUUUGGCCAUUCGAGAAAAACAAAAGCAGCUCAAUGCUCGUCCUAUCAAGAAAGUGCUUGAAGCUAAAGGUAGAAAGAAGAUGAGAGCGUUGCGUCGUUUGGAAAAGAUGAAGAAGAAGUCCGACAUUAUCAACGAGGACAGCUCCAAAUCCGAAUACGAUAAGGCAGCAGAAAUCUCGAGAUUGAUGCUGAAGGCAAAGAAUGCUGGCAAGGAGAAGAGGAAGAAACUAACAGUUGUGGUUGCUAGAGGAUCGAAUAGAGGUCUCAGUGGUAGACCAAAGGGAAUCAAGGGUAAGUAUAAGAUGGUUGAUGGUACCAUGAAGAACGAGCAAAGAGCAUUGAAGAGAAUAGCAAAGAAGCAUAGGAAAUAG